CAAGUCACUGAAAGUCAUCUACAAGUCACUGAAAGUCAUCUACAAGUCACUGAAAGUCAUCUACAAGUCACUACAAAUCAUCCACAAUCAUCCACAAAUCACUACAAAACAUCCACAAAACAUCCACAAAUCACUACAAAUCAUCACAAAUCUCCUACAAAUCAUCACAAAUCACCCACAAACCAUGUACAAAUCACC